GGGAACUUGUCAAAGUCAAAUUUUUUUGCGCUAGAGAGGUUUUCAUAUAAAGUCGAGAAAAAGCGAGAUAUAAAAAUGGUAUGCGACUCCGACGGGUACACUGGAAAUCCAGCUCCUGCCCCAAACAGAACCGAUUCCAAAAGCAAUGCCAAUGAUGGAAAAAGGGAAAUAUUGUUAGAACCUGUGAAAGAACUGAUGAAUGUCAAAAUCGUACAGGAAGAGACCCAAAUUCAGCAGCUUAUGGAGAUCAAGAAAAAAACGACUCAAAUAACCGCACUGUAUGACAGAAUACAAUAGUUAACCACCCAGACCUGGCAACACUGCAACCAAAUGACUAAGGCGAGUUUACAGUGUCACCCUUCCAAGCGCGGCGCCACCAGUGUUGCCAGAUGGAACGCUACGUUGCCAGUCUCGUCACUUAAUUUACAGACCUCGUAUCUAAAAAUUUUCUUAUACUUGGGCAAAAUAAAGCAUAGGGAUUACUUGACUCUAUUUUUCAUGAGCUUCUGGAUAACUUCAUCAGAAAUUAUGGGCGAUUAUCUA